CAUAAAGGUAUAUAGAAAAAGUAACGAAUAAAGUAAGAGCUGGCUGUGCCAGACAACACAGGCAAUCUGACAACGACAAACAUUUUUCAUUUUUAAUUGGGACAGACUGAUUCCUUCAAGUAAUCCAGUUUUGUGGCACUGCAACAGUCAACAUGAAUCACUACACAGGCACAAGGGUCAUAUCUCUGUCUUUGGUAAAUAGCGUACUUUUGUUUUGAGUUUGACAGUGGUUGGUGACAGUGGUUUCUUUAGUUUGCUGCCCCUUUGUGGUCACACCGAGUAACUACAACACAACAUAUUCUUAUUAAAUGUAGGUAUUAACACUAUUAUAAUUAUCCUCAUUAAGUGUUGAAAUGGGUUAUUAGUCUUCAAUUAAUUAAUUAACUAAUUUAAAUAGUAUCUGUAUAAAUAUACAUGUACACAUAGUGUACUCCAUGAACUUGCUUUAUCAAACCCAAAUGAAUGGAGGACAGCACAUUGGAAACACCUGUGGAAGGCAGCCUGUGUCAUCUCAAAUCCCUCUCAUGACACCAACUGUACCACUGUAGUUAUUAGGGGCAAUACACAAACACAAAGCGAUUAACCCAUCAGGAAAACUGAGCUCAGGUCACGUAGGUAACAUUGAGUCAACUAAUGCUAUUAAAGUCUCAAGAAACAACAUGGCGGACUCUGUGGAAGAGGACCUGCUCUGCAUGUGGAUAAAUGGCUCAUUCUAAGGUUUUAUUUUGAAAGCCUGCACAGGAAAUCCCCUCACAUUGUUCUGACUGACUUGACGUUGGAGACCCAUCUUUUCUUUGAUGCAGAGGAAACAGGAGCUGCAGGACCAUGUGGAAUAUUUUCCUGAAAACACCCUGACUCUGCAGACACAAGGAUGUCUUGGCCCGCGCUGUACGCUCAGUUAGUCGGGGCAAACCGUCACUCCACCAGCCUAGGGAAGAUCUGGCUCUCUGUGCUGUUUAUUUUCCGGGUCAUGGUGCUGGUUGUUGCUGCUGAGAGCGUCUGGGGGGACGAGCAGUCUGACUUCACCUGUAACACACUCCAGCCUGGCUGUGAAAACGUCUGCUAUGAUCAGUUCUUCCCUGUCUCACACAUCCGUCUCUGGUGUCUUCAGCUCGUCUUUGUGUCCACGCCAACACUCCUAGUCGCAAUGUAUGUGGCCUAUCGGAACCACAGAGAUAAGAAGACGCUCCUACAGGGUUCUGGCAGAGCUGCUUUCCUCAGCAACAAAGGCCAGGAGGAAGAUUUGGAGACUAUAAAGAAACGGAGACUCCCUAUAGCUGGCGCCCUCUGGUGGACAUAUGCCUGCAGCCUGGUGUUCAGGCUGCUAUUUGAAGGAGGAUUCAUGUACGCUCUGUACGUGGUGUACGAUGGUUUCCAGAUGCCACGGCUGGUGCAGUGUGACCAGUGGCCGUGUCCUAACCUGGUGGACUGCUUCAUCUCACGCCCCACCGAGAAAACCAUCUUCACCAUUUUCAUGGCCACUUCCUCCUCUAUCUGCAUGGUCCUUAACAUGGCUGAGCUUGCAUAUCUUGUUGCCAAGGCUGUCACUAGGUAGAGGUAUUAAUCAGUCAGACAGUCAGGAGUCUCAGUGGUCAGAAGGAGAGGAAAACAUGCAGAAAGCAGAAUAAGACAAACCAGAAGUUACUCGUCUCAACCUGAGGAAGCAGCACCAAGGUGGGCGAUACAUGCAGAAGAAAGAUUUUCCAAAGACUUAAAAAUCUUUAAAACUUAGGUGCUACACAUGUGAAUGACAAACUGUGUGUAAAUAGGACUCAUUGAACAUUUUCUAUGAUACCUUAAAUGUAACCUCAAAGGGUGGAGAGGAUGGAAUCAGUGUCAACUCAAAUCUGUAUUUUUACAUGAUACUGUAGUGUCUGAGAUUGUAUGUCAAUUCUUAAUUGUCAGUACUUGAGUUAAUUGGAUAUAAAUGCACUCACCAUUUCCUACUUUAUGUACCUCAAAUAAAGUUUCAUCUUAUCGUAACUGUGUCUCAGUCCAAUCGUUUGAUUUAAUGAUGACAUGAUAAUAAUAAUGCUCUUG